AUGCCUCGAUUGUCUUUGUUCGCAAUUUUCCCAGGUGUUUUCCACUCACAUUUAUCAACACUGUCACUUAUAUCUGGUCUACCAUUAGAUGAACAGGCUCCCGAUUCACAAGAUGUAGGGCUUCAUUUUUGGUUGAAUCGUUCUUCUGAUCUGAAUUUUUCGGAUUUCGAUGGAUUUAAUGGGACUGACGUGGCUAAUGUAUCUUAUGACUUGAAGGAAUUGUCUAACUCUGCUGAAAGUUUCAUCUCGUUCAGAGAUCAAGACUCAUCGGACGCUUCGAGACUAUCAAAUUACCAACAUCAUAUUGAAAUAAUAUCUAAUCAAGCUAAGAACAAUGUCAUGUCAGAUAAGUCAGGAGGAAAAAUUAUGUUUGAGGUUGUAACUGCUGCGACAGCAUCCGAAGAAGCUUUUCUUAACCGUUCAUCUGUUUUGUUUGUGGCUGUUUCAUUCAUCCUCCUUAUGGUGAUCAGCUUAGCAUGGCUUGUGUUUUAUUAUGUGCAGCGAUUCAGAUAUCUACACAGCAAAGAACGAGUUUCUAGAAGGCUUGCUGAAUUAGCUAAGAAGGCUGUUGCUCGUAUACCUAUUAAAACACUACAUCCUGGAGAUCGAGAAAUAACUACAGAAUAUGAACAGUGUGCAAUAUGUAUUGAAGCUUUUAGACCACUGGAUAAUAUUCGUAUUCUGCCUUGUCGGCAUUAUUUUCACAAAACAUGUAUCGAUCCUUGGCUGCUAGAGCAACGUAGUUGUCCAAUGUGUAAAUUGGAUAUAUUACAAGCGUAUGGUUUUCGUGCAGAGUUGUUUUGCAGUUAUGCCAAUUUAGACAACCUAAAUAAUAGAGCAACAUCUGCUAGCUCUACAGUUGUAGUAUCUUCAGUUUCUACAACUUCACCUGGUCUAAUGGCAGGCAGUUUAUCCAACACAGGAGUGGAUGAUGAAGCUUCCGCAAUGGAGAGUGUAUCUUUGGUAACUAGUCAAUCACAAGUGAUGGGUGAUAUUUUAACAGCUACAUGUGGACCUCCUUUGACGUAUGUUGUACUGGCUGGUACAAACGGUACUGCUAAUGCUGCUGACUCAAUAAUAAUUCAUGCUCAGUCAUGUUCUAAAACCAAUGAACAAAUGAACCUUACAAAUUCCAUUUCAUCUCAUCUCAUUCAGAGUAAUAAUAUGAAUCUACCUAGUCAUAGUGUAAAGAAUAGUAUCGCCAUUCCAUUAUUGUCAAACUUAUCAUUUCCCCCCAACCAGUUGACGGAUCCAUCUAUGUGGAGUAAAAAUCUCUUACCAGUGUGUGUAGUUACCUCUGUUACUCCAUCUGAAUCAUAUCAAGGAAGGGCGCUUAUGGUUUGUGAAUCUCUUCUUGGAAGUCUGUUAAGUCAAACGUGUUCUGCAGUGACUGCAACCAUUGGUUUACCAAAUGCCAACCCUACUGAACAUUCAUUUACACUAUCCAUGAAUGCUAAGGAGGCGACAACUUCAACUACUCAGUCUCUAAUGGGUCCAUUAUGUUCAACGACACUUGAUUCAGAGAUUUCAUCUGCUCAUCCGAUGAAUUUCAUUUACACUAAUUAUCCUGACCAAUUGAUCAAAUCACAGAUAAAUAAUUUGCCUGCAGAACAUUCAAAGUUAGCAACUUAUCCAAUGAGUAAUUUAAACACAUCAAAUUCAUCACAAUAUCCUAUAAAUCAGCAUAAUUGGCAAAUUAUAAAUCUACACAGAAUAAUACAAAAUUCAGAUAAAUCUCUUAAUAGUAACACGCCUCUUAGAAAUGAUCAUUCAUCGAUGAGUAUAUUUCGUAACUGGUUGUCUAGUCAUUGGCGUAAUACAUUUUCACGUUCACGAUCUAACAAUAAACGUGUUAAUAACCGUCUUUCAUAUCAUACACCUUCUUAUUAUACUGUCACAUCUACACCGUCAACGAGUGAUGCUGUCAACUCAGAGGAUUAUGAUCAAAGUAAAUCGAAUCUAAUUAUAGCUAAACGUCAGUCGACAAGUGCAUUGCCUACAAAAGAAUGCUAUGUAACUGCUGUAGUCGAAGAUGUUCCAUCAGAAACCGGCAAUAGUUCUACGCUGUCUGAAUCUGUAAAUAUACCAACUUCAGAUUAUUGCACUAUGAAUCAAUCAGUCAACACUUUAUCUCUUAAUCUUGGCGUAAAUACAACAGCUGAUAUAGUGUUUUCUCAGUAG